AAAGAUAAGCGGACAAAGCGCGCUUUACGUCUUUACUCUUGUAGGUAGCUAUUCGGGUAAAUUCUCACACUCAUUCCCUUCCUUUUUGGUAUGAGUUAUUCUAUGGAACCGCCAGCAAUGAGCACUUUUUUAUCAGACAACGAAACAGUUGGAGAAUCCACUAACCUUUUGCAUCUCGAAGGUCAUAGUUGGAGCCAGCUGCAAGAUGGGACUAUUGAGAUAACUGACCGAUUGCCUAAGAAAGAAUACUACAUGAGUCUUCGGAGGUUCAACAGCACUGGUCCUAAUUCUGGAACUGCACACAGGUUGGGAAGUAUUUCCAGUGGUUCAGCUGCUGGAUUAGCCAAUGGAUCAUCUGGUUUACUAGGUGGUAACUCACCCUCACCGCGCCCAGGUGGUGGUACUCUACGUGGAUCAUCACACCCAUCGGUUGUUGAUUUUAAACCUUCUGGUAAAAUAGUAGAUUGUACGGUUGUAAUGCUGGAUGGCACAACAAGAGAGUUUCGUUUAGAUAAAGCUGCCUAUGGACAACAAUUAUUCGAUGCUGUUUGUACACAUCUUGGUUUAUUAGAGGUUGAAUUCUUUGGCAUCACAUAUUACGAUUCAACUAAUAAUUGGUUCUGGCUCCAAACUGAUCAGAAAAUUGCAAAACAAAUCGGUAAAAAUGAAUGGCAGUUUGAAUUUCAAGUUAAAUUCUAUCCAUGUGAUAUCGACUCAAUCAAAGAAGAUAUAACACGUUACUAUCUUUGUCUACAAGUACGGCAGGAUAUAGUUAGUGGACAGCUUCCAUGUUCAUUUGUAACUUAUUGCAUUCUUGGGUCGUAUAUAGUUCAAUCAGAAGCUGGCGACCAUGAUCCGACUCAACAUAUUGGCAUAAAAUAUAUACAAGAUCAUCCAUUUGCUCCUCAUAUGCUUCAAACACCUGAAAUGUUAGGAAGAAUUGUUGAACUACACAAACUUCAUCGUGGUAAAACACCUGAAGAGGCUGAUCGUUUAUUUUUAAAUAAUGCUCGUAAAUUGGCCUUGUAUGGUGUUGAUUUGCAUAAAGUUAAGACGUCUCAAGGUCAAGAUAUUACUCUAGGUGUUUAUUAUGGAGGUAUCCUGCUAUACCGUAAUCGUAUUCGUUUAAUGAGAAUUAGUUGGCCGCGUAUUAUAAGUCUAUCACAUCGUGGACGUAAUUUUAUUAUUGCACGAAGACCUGGUGAUGAUUCAUUAGAUCGUAAUAUGACUUUUAAAUGUAUUAGUCCUACACUGGCUAAACGAUUAUAUAAUGUUUGUGUGGAUCAUCAUAAUUUUUUCAGACUUCGUGGGUCGUCUAGACCGAAAAAACCGAGUUUAUUCCCUUCGUUUGCUACUCGCAAAUAUCAUUAUCCUGGCACAACUGUGAAUUCAUCGUCGAUUGACGCUACUGUCGGUGUCGGUGGACAUAAUCAAACAUCUCGACCUUUAUCUAAAUUUCGUCCAAUGCCUGCCCAUCCUUCAGAGACUGGGUGGUUUACAUUUGCUAACCGCGGUGAAAUGGAUCAUAUGAAUGGUGCAGUCGCCAGUCAAUAUCAGUACCAACCAGCUAUGGUAAGUGGUGAUCCAGCCUGUAUGGAUCCCACUUAUUUCUGUAAUCAAAAUGUAAUCAAUGGACUGCCCCUACCAAAUGCCCAAGGUGUCCAACGCUAUUACCAACCAAGUAGUAAUGAUGUUACCGGUUUAAUGAAUGGUCAUCAUCCUAAUAGUAAUAAUAAUCAUAUCAAUAAUAUGCCCACAAUGAUUACUAGGAUAUCAUUUGAACCUGAACACUGGCGUAUAACUGGAGCUGAUUGUACAGCAGGCUUAGGAAUAGAUGCUCGGGGCUUAGAUGUUGCAUCUACACGCGGAGCUGGAUGGCAAGGUUGUAGAGCUAAUAAAGGUGUAAAAGCUCCAGGUGCAUAUUACUAUGAAGCGGCUUGUUUAGAGGAAGGACUUAUACGUGUCGGUUGGUCAACUAAUGACGCCAAUUUAGAACUUGGUGCAGAUAAUUAUGGUUUUGGUUAUGGAUCCGAUGCUGUAGGCUCUGCUGGUAUGAAUGGCACUGGACGUGUAAUGCAUCGGAAUACUGGUCAUGAUUACGGAAUAAUGGUUCAUCAGGGUGAUGUAAUUGGUUGCCUGUUAGAUUUAGACAAAGGAUCAAUUUCUUGGUCAUGUAAUGGAAAAAUAUUUCAACGUGCAUUCACUAUACCUGACCAAUUAAGAGGAGAGGCUUUCUUACCAGCGGCUAGUCUAAAAGAUUCACGUAUCCUAUUUAAUUUCGGUGAAGAACAACCGUUAGAAUUCCCACCAGAUGGUUCAUUUAUUCCUGUAGCUCAAUCUGCUGAUGAUAGUCAAGUAUCUAAUCGAAAUCCUGGUUGGCGCAUGAAUCAGUACGAUGCAACGAAUGCUUUAGAUGUUGCACCCGACGGUAGUCAAGUUCAGUCACAUUUUAAUCAAGGUUGGCAAGGUUGUCGAUCAAAUCAUGGUAUUCGUGGUCUUGGACGCUUCUACUUUGAGGUAACUCCUAUUGAAUCUACUGGACUAUGGCGAGUCGGUUGGUCAACAGAUGAUGGGAAUUUAAUUGUUGGCACAGAUCAAUAUGGUUUCGGUUAUGGUGCAGAUAACGAAGGUUUCGGUUUGAAUGGACAACAAGGAAAACGUAUACAUUGUGAUGAAAUUGAAAAUUACGGUGAAGCAUUCUCUAAAGAUGAUGUGAUCGGCUGCUUUUUGGAUACGAUUGAACACACUAUUAAAUGGUCAAAAAAUGGUUUAGAAUUUGGUGACGCUUAUCGAAUUCCAUCUGAAUUGUUACAUUCUAAAAAUUUGACAGCAUUGUAUCCGACUGUGUCCUUGUUGAAUUCUACCCUGGAAUUGAACUUUGGCGACAAACCAUUUAAAUAUUAUCCUGGGCCUGAUUGGACACCUGUAUGCUGUGCUCCUCCUGAAUGUACUAAACGUUCUAGACGUAAAGGUCCUGAACGGAAAGUGAAGGGGUGGUCAUAUAUUGAUCCGACUAUUUUAGAACCAUCAAUUCGACAAACAAUGCAGUCGAUUGAAAGAAGUGAACCGCAAAUUGAAACAGAAACAUUUCAUGAUGAAAAUGGUAAAAUGAUCAAACGUACUGUUAAACGUUCUGAAGUGACUACUACAAAAACUGUUAGUGAACGUAUUAUUGCAAGUACUGCAGGUCAGAUUGUUCAUACUAAUGGACAUUCUAUAUCUAGUAAUGAUUUUGAUGAAGAUUUAAAUAUGGCGUUGUUAACCGUCACUAAAUUGGAUCCAGAUAUUUCAGUAUUAAAUAAUCCUGUUGGACAAGUGGAGAUUAGAACCAAAUCAGAAAGUGUUCUUUAAAAACAUAGAGAUAGUAGUAUUCAAUAACUGCUUUUCGUUAAUAUAUAUGAUACAACUAGCUACUCACAUUUAUUCAUUCUUCGAUCAAUCAAUUCAUUCAUUGAUUCAUCUAAUUAUUCAGUGACAAUUCUAUUCCUAACUGUCUCUUUAUCACAUUCAUUAUCUAACUCACCCUCGCCUCAAUUAAAUUAUAUUAUUGUUGUUCAUUACGUAAUUGGGUUUUUGUUUUUCCUCAGUUGAUAAGAUUAUUUUUCAGUUUACUACUGCUACAACUAUAUUUCUUAUCGGCUUUUCCGUUUACAUAUGCCUUAUUUGGUAAUACUUUCUUUUUUAUAUAUUCUUGGUUAUUUCUCCUUUUUUAGUGUGUCGACGUUUCUGUUGUAUUCAUAUAUCUUCAUGAUUGUUACCACUAUCACCAGGAUGAAGUAUAAUAUUAUUGUGUAUUUAAUACGUAAAUCCUUGUCUAUACUUAUGUAUGCUUGUUAGUACAUAAGUUAUGCGGUGUCACACUUUUUACUAACAAGCACACAUACACGUACAUACAAGCAUUUACAUGUAAAAUGCACAAUGAUAUAAUACUUUUUCAUGGUGUGAUAAUAACAACAAUCAUGAAGAUAUGUGAAUACAACAGAAACGUCGACACACUAAAAAAGGAGAAAUAACCAAGAAUAUAUAAAAAAGAAAGUAUUACCAAAUAAGGCAUAUGUAAACGGAAAAGCCGAUAAGAAAUAUAGUUGUAGCAGUAGUAAACUGAAAAAUAAUCUUAUCAACUGAGGAAAAACAAAAACCCAAUUACGUAAUGAACAACAAUAAUAUAAUUUAAUUGAGGCGAGGGUGAGUUAGAUAAUGAAUGUGAUAAAGAGACAGUUAGGAAUAGAAUUGUCACUGAAUAAUUAGAUGAAUCAAUGAAUGAAUUGAUUGAUCGAAGAAUGAAUAAAUGUGAGUAGCUAGUUGUAUCAUAUAUAUUAACGAAAAGCAGUUAUUGAAUACUACUAUCUCUAUGUUAAAUUUUUGCUUUUACGUGACUGUAGUAAAUUCUAUUCAUAAAGGAGAAAAUGGAAAAAUGAGACGUAGGAAGUAAUACACAAGACGGAACAAGUGUGGAUGAUCAGGCAUAUAUAUAUAUAUAAUGUUGCCUUAGCUUUAUGCCUGAUCAUCCACACUUGUUCCGUCUUGUGUAUUACUUCCUACGUCUCAUUUUUCCAUUUUCUCCUUUAUGAAUAGAAUUUACUACAGUCAUGUAAAAGCAAAAAUUUUGUUUCUUUGCUUUUGUGUGUAACAAGAAUACGAUUUCAUACUGAACCGGUGUUUAUAUGUAUUUUUGAUGGAAUAUUUCAAUUGUUCUAUGCACUCAUUCUUCAUAUACUCUUGGAUUAUAAAAUGAAUAAAUCAAUGAAUGAGUAAAACUAUUUCUGUUUUUUAUUCAUAAUUAAUAAUACGCGGAAACAAUACCAUAUUGUUGUCUUCAACGAAAAGAAUACAAUCCAAUAUAUUCAAGUAGUCAAAUCGUAAUUAUUAUUAUUUGUAUAGUGAUGCUGAUUUAUGAAUAUGAAACGUAUCUAUUUACUGUUGAUUGACCUGACUAUUAUUAUUGCUACUCAUGAACUACUUAAAACUAAUCAUCUUCCAUCGUACUUUGAUUAUAUGGUUAGUUGUUUUAUAAUAUAUAUGGAUUGCGUAACUAUAUACAUUCAGACCAUGACAAUCAUAUUCUAUUCGCUCCUUUUUUAUGUACGUGUAUGUAUGUGCAUGCAAGCAGUGAUUUUUCUAGUCAUUACAAUGUUAUGUUAAACUAAUAAUCCGUUCUAUGUGGUUGUUGUUGUCGUUCAUAUUAUGAUCUUUUACAUGCUCUUCUGAUUUGCACUGCUGUCGUCUUGUUGACUUACUACACCUUGCCUACUGCCUACUCAUUUCACAUCACUAUUCAUCAUUGUUGAAUAAAGUCAUUAAUAAUAAUAAUCACCUCUUAUAUAUAUAUAUAUAUAUACCAUCUACAGUACAACAAGAAUAAAUAAUGUUUUCGAUAAUCAUCUUCCAUUUUCUGCAUUACAAUUCGAAGAUUGGCAUUUAAUGUUUCUUGUCGUCGAAAUAGUAAGGAUAAUAUUGUUGUUUUGCACAGUGAAUAAACCGAUUAUCCUAUCUCCUUGUUUAUUUGUCUGUGGGUGUGUGUUAGUGUGUUUCGUAAUUGGAUUCGCACUGCUAACUCCCCUAUCAUAUUGUAACACCUGUUGAUGACAUAUGGCUUUAUGAUGGUGAUGAUGAUUACUUCGUGUAUCUUUUUGCUCUUUUUUGUGUAUCCAAAUACGUUCUGUAUUGUUCAGA